AUGGAAGGCGUGUCAAUGCAGGAGCUGAAAGACGCAGGUGUACCAUCAUCGUCUUCGGGUGCUGGAACGAACCAAGCUCAAGUGGAAAACGCGAAUGUAGGGAAUUGGACACGGACUCAGGGCUCAGAUGGGGCGGGAGAGGGAGAGGAGGAGGAUGUAGAUGUAGGGCUGGCCGAGCGGACACUAGUCGACGAUCCAACAACAACCACGACGACAAGGGCACAUACCCAUGUAAAAGGGCCCUCUUCGAGCAGUAUAUCGCUGCCUGUCGGCCCCGAUGAGGGCGCAGGCGAAGGCCCGUCGCGGACGUUCGUGUAUCAGCCUAUGCAUGUGCCUCAGAAAUCAGUGGAUAGGGCGGACGGUCACAGUCAGCGGCAGAGUGAGGACCAGCCGCGGACAGCGACGACGGCGGUUACGUGGGAUCCUCUGAAGGCCAACGGGACGGAUGAUGGGCACGACGGGGAGAAGACACACCGACGGCGGGCUACACAGGACGAUACGGUAGUGGUGGAAGACGAAGGGGAGGAUGUGGUGGAUUCGAAGGGGAAGUUGCUUUUUGCUGAGGACGACGACGAGGAGAAGAGAGAGGGAGGUGUGGGUGUAGGAGGCAUAGCGCCGGCAUCUGCGAUUGCACGACGAGCGUCGCACCUCCGUUUAGAUCUGAAGCCUACGCCGUCGUCGCCAUUGCCCUGGGAGCAGAUCGACCCGCCGCCAGAUAAUAAUUCCAAAUCCAUUGCAGGAUACUAUUCACCAGCUGCCUCCCAGAAGUUUAGGACCUUACAGAGUUCUGGUGGUGGCCCGCGUUCGCUGAUACCCAAAUCGUCAUAUUAUUUUGGACCUCCUGCGCCAGACUCUGCCUAUGGCACGGCCCCGGUAGGACAGAUUGGAGUGCACCAUCCUCGAGAAAUUCUGAGAGUUGAAAGAGAUUAUACGGGCGGGGAGGUGAUACAAUUCGCGCCAAUCUAUCCUCUAGAGCUGGAAGGCAGGAUAACGCCGACGCACUUCCUGGAGUCGAUCAACGCGAUCAACGAGUUGCUGAUAUCGGCGCAUAGUCUGCGGCACUCUCUUGUGGAUAAUAUGCUAGCGAUUUUCAGUCUGCAGAUCUCGAAGCUGUUUGUCAAGUCUCAUUUUGAAAAGGUGGGUGUUUCCUUUAUCUAUGUCUAG